AUGGCAGAAAACGAGGGAAACAAGGAACUGGUCACGAAGUUAGGUGUAACAGCAGCAGAUGGCGCGAAGUGUAAUAAAAAUACCGAUAUCGAUAGAGACAAGACUGACAAAACUGAAACAACUGAAAAUAACCUAGAUAAGACAGACGAGACGAAAAAACGGGGUAGAGGGAGACCACCAAAAGACGAAAAACUAGUAAGAGAAGCUCAAAAUAACAAAAGGAUAGAUGAGAUAUUUAAAGCUUCGGAAAAAACAGGGACAGAAUCAACGAUACAGAAUACAAUAAAUGCACCAAGUACAGAGCAGAAGGAAAAGGAGAAUCGCAAAAAAGAAAUAAGACAUUUAAACGAAGAAUUGAAAAGGAAAACAGAAGAAUGGGAAAAAGAAAGAACAGUUUUAAGACGUAAAUUAAAUGAAAUUAACUCCAUCGUUGGGAUCAAAGAGAACAGCCAGAUUAUAGAGGAAACAAUUAAGGCAAAAGUAGUGGAGAUUGAAAAUAAAAUAAGGAAAGAAAAUGACUCAAUUCAAACGGAAAACUCGGUGGUCAAUAGGGGAAAAGAGGAGUACACAUACAAUAGAGACUUUUUGGAGAUAAAAAGAGCAUUUGAAGCGCAGGAGAAAAGGGAAAGGAAAAACAAGGUAGUGAUAAGAGGACUGUACACACAAGGAACUGACAAAAAAGCAGAGGUAAAGGCGUUCUUUAAAAAUGAACUAGACAUAGAAGUAGAAAUUAUAUGUGCAACAGCAGUAGGAUUUAGUAAAAAGAAAACAGUAAUAGCGAAAAUAGGUUGCUGA